ACUUAAAUACCUGAGGACCGUCGACUUCUGUCCAUUUGACUGAAAACGUCCACUCGAACCAGACUAUCGGAAAGGGGUUUUCCUGCUCCCGUGCGUUCAUCUGAUUUUGAUGCUGCGCUCAGCAGGCGCACCAGCCCCGAUGAGACUGUAAUAAACUGCAAAGUGGACUUCAGCUCUGAUGGACAGGAACAUUGCAAAAUAUGAGUCGCACGAUAAUCAGUAUGAUACCGGGGACCAAACACAUGUGCAGCGAUUGUACUUGUAUAAUUGAUAUAGGUGUGACUUCAACGAGUCCAUAGAGGCCGUCCACAAACUGCUGGUGCACAGGAUGACACAGGGAGAUUAAAAGAUUCUUGCUGUGUCUAGUUUCUUCAAGGCUUCCCCCACCCCACAUCGCAUCAGCUAUGCUACCAAAAGAACACAACAGUGAUGGCAAGUCAGCCAAAAUUUUCCAGUAUGAAAAGAAUGUGAACCAUGAAGCCACCAGGAAGGAGAAAGAAGUUCAAUAUGUGGACCCACCAGAUGGAGGAUGGGGCUGGAUGGUGGUUCUGCACUGUUUUCUGGUGAAUGUAUUGGUCAUGGGAACCCUGAAGAGCUUCGGCAUCUUUUUCGUGGCAUUCCAAGAUGAGUUUGGAGGCUCUGCUGAAAGCAUCAGUUGGAUUGGAUCAAUCAUGUCGAGCCUCAGGCUAUCUGGCGGUCCCAUCGCCUCUGUGGCGUGUGCCAAGCUGGGAAACCGCAUCACCUCCAUCAUGGGAGCACUGUUUGUUACUGUUGGCUUCCUCAUCAGCAUAUUUGCUACAAAUGUUGUCUUCUUAUAUAUCAGUAUGGGAUUGAUUGUGGGUAUAGGUUUUGCUUUCCUGUACCAAGCCAGCUCUGUGGUUACGGCAACAUAUUUCCGGAAGAGACUGGCCACUGCAUAUUCCAUUGGCCGCUCAGGAAUGGGCUUGACUUUUGCUCUCGCUCCCUUCACACAGCUUCUUCUCGACCACUAUGCCUGGCAAGGAGCUCUGCUGAUCCUGGGGGGUCUCAUGCUGAACCUGGUGGCUUCGGGGAUGCUGCUGAGACCGAUCAACGUCAGGCCCUCCUCCUCUCCGUCUCCCCCCACCUCCUCGUCUCCCUCCUCGCCUUCCAUCCAAAAAGGCCAGCAUGGUGUUCUCAAUGGACAAGAGAAGGAGCCACUCAAGAACGGCGUAAAUGGGUCUACACCGGUGGCCAAUGGAAUUGCCAAAGCAGACUCUUCUCCAUCCACAACAGCGUCUAGCCCAGAGAUAAUAGGCAAGGGCCAGAAUGGUCUGACAAGUGUGGAAGUCACACAGCUAGUCCAUAAUGGAGUGAAUGGGCUUGAGAGCAAUUGCACCAUGACAGGGGAUCCUCCUCUGGAACGCAACGGAGGUUCUUCUCUAGCAGAUACUUCAUUGCAUGAGAAGGCCUCUGGUGAAAACCAAAAAAACAAAGCUCUGGACUUCUCUCUCCUGAAGAACCCAUUCUUCUGCAUUUACACCUGGUCUCUUGUCUUCAGCCAGUUAGCUUAUUUCAUCCCCUACUUCCACCUCUCCGCACGAGCUCGGAAUCUUGGUAUCGAGCCCAUGGACGCCUCGUUCAUCAUCUCCUUGGCAGGCAUCACGGAGACUAUGGCCCAGCUGGGAUCCGGCUGGUUGGCAGACCGUAACUAUCUCCAUAAGUACCACUACCACAAGGCCUACCUGAUUCUGUGUGGUGUGGUCAACCUGCUCUCGCCGUUGGCUACAUCCUACAUGCACCUUAUGGUGUAUGCGGUCUUCUUCGCCAUCUUCUGUGGAGGCUACAUGGCACUGUUGCUUCCUGUCCUGGUAGAUCUGGUGGGAUCUGAGAAAGUCAACAACUCCAUGGGCUUCUCCAUGUUUUUUGUGGGGCUUGGUUGCCUGACGGGCCCCCCUCUUGCAGGUUUCCUAUAUGACUACACCCAGACUUACGACUGCUCUUUCUACCUGGCGGGAGUGUGUUACCUGCUCUCCUCUGUCUCCCUCUUCCUGGAGCCCCUGGCACGGAGGUGGCAGGCGAGGAGUAAAGGCAAAGACCUGGGGAGGGAACCUGGAGGAAAAGUCAAUGGCUGCUUCUGCCCAGAGCCUCUCAGGAACGGAGUUGUCUAGCAGACGGACGGUGGUGCAAGAACGACUCUGUGUACCUUCCCUUUCCUCGAACUUCCACAUGUGUAUGGUCCCAAGGUGGAGACAGUAUCAGUAUGUCUUCAGACACGUUCCUUGGAAGAGGAAAAGAGCUAAACGCAUUCUGACCAACACAUGUCCAGUGCUUGAAGAUGAAAAGGAGACUCCCUGUAGUUCACAGAGGCAAAGGCUUAAUCCUGUUUUGUAACUUUUUAUAUAUGCCAAAUAGACAUUUAUAUCAUGACAUAUUGUUACUUCCUCCCUUUGUUUCCACUGGCAUCAUCUCCUUUUGAAACUUGAUGAAUAGACUUGCAUUGGUCACUCUUGAUUGUAUUCUCGAUUUUGCAUUGCAUAGCUAUUAACGGAAAGGCAUAUCAGAUGCAUUGUGUAAUACACUCAAUAGGUUAUUGAUCUUGAUAUCUGUUAUUUGUCCUGUGUAACUAUAGUCACAAACACGCACUUUCUUGCCAAAAGUAGGUCAGAUUCUAUGCAACAGCCAAUUAUGUUCUGGUGUAGUAGGAAGAUUGUUUUUGUUUGGACAGACUGUUGCAUAGACAUUAAAACUCAAAAGAGUUUAUCACUGCAAAGAAACAUGUACUUUCUCCUAUUGCACAUCCCAGAUGGUUUUGUGAAGCAUGAAGCUGUUCAACUGCAUUAGUGGUUAGUUGGAAGAGUGUUGGGGGAAGCUGAAAACAACUUGGUGAAAAAUUGGAGGCAAACUGCCAUUUGGACUCUUCAUUUUUGCCAAUUCCUUCCCACACUGAUCUACCUCUCUAGUUAUCCCAUGUAAGCUCUGUCCUGUAUAAUUAAUGGCCACAGGCUUAGUCAUUUUGAAUAGAGAUUAUAUGGGAAGUGCUGGAGUUUGUAUAUUUUGUAUUGAAAUGCUAGUUUCACUUUGUUUGUCCCACCACCUGCCUUUAUAUGCAUAACUUUACUAACUAUUAUAUAAUGUAAGCCAAAGAUGCAGAGAUAUUCUAUGCAUUCACACCCAUCACAAUAUGAAAUGCAGUACCAUUGACUGUACUUGGUAGCACCUAGAGAUGUUUGUUCAUAUGUGUUCUGUUGUGAUUUUGAAAUGUGCGUGAACACAAUGUGUUCUGUUGUGUGCUGCCCCCUAGUGGCAAUGGGAAGUUUUGGCAAAAAGAAUGUCAUUUCAAUUAGUCUAAAUCCUCACUGCACCUCUGUUCAGCUUACUGAAAUCCACUCAAAGCUCAUACGCACUGGACUCACAAAUUUAACUCUAACCUUAUGUAACCCAUAUCCCAUUGUCUUCUCUAUGAAAAAAAUCUGAAUGUUAUUAGGUACUUGGCAAACACUGAAUCUCUGAAAUGGCUUUGUGACUUCUGGGUUUAUAUCCAGUCACUUACAGUAAGGCGUACCCUGUUUAUCUUCUUAAAUUGGUCACACCACUAUGUGAUACUUCAAUGGAAAACGUAAUUUCCAUGUUAAUCUCCUCAACUUUUUUGAGCAGUUUGGUACCCCAUGGUGGUCUUGCAUAUUGAGACAUAAACACAUUGACAGGCUGAGCUGCAUGGGCACAGAAGUCUAAAUGUAAAUAGAAUGUAUGAUUACAAACAUGUUGAGCAGAUUUUGUUGUGAACUGAGCAGAAUUACUGGUUCUUGUCUUAAUCCAUCAGCAUUUUGUAUGCGUCUGUGGGAUCGUGGUCGUUGGGAAACUGAUUACAAGGUGUUAACAACUGAUUUUAAUAGUGGUCACAACUUUCAUCUCAUCCGCAAUAAAGACUUUAGUGACCACUAAUCAAGCAAUUAUUGGCCCAUUGUUUGUGUGUCUAACCGCUAAAACCACACUCUCUUGGAUAACAGCUAAAGCCAGAUUUUGUCAUAAUUUUCUACUCUGGUGAAAUCACUUAGUACAACUAAUACCCAGACCAUUGCACAUAUGGAUCCAGUCGCAUAUGGAUAGGGAUCAUUGUUUUCAAAUAUAUUUUAUCUGUAAGAUCUGAAAGGUUUAUGGACACAUUAAGCAAAUAUACAAGAAGAAGAAGACAAGGACAAAUGUUCGUUCUUAAGAUGCGAUAAGAUACGACCACUGGUUAUUAAGAUGUGGUUAUAGCGUAUUGGUUAAGGAGUUGGGCCAGACAAAGUUGUGGGUUCAAUUCCGUUGUGCCCUUGAGCAAGUUGGUCUGGAUAGACUGGCCCCUUGUAAUUAUUGACAUGUGUCAGGCAAUUAUUAAAAAAAAAAAAAAAAAAACGUACAAACGCAACCACCUGUUGGUGGUCCUGUGCAUUUUCUUCACAAUGUGUGGUAGGCUUUGCAUGCAAUCCUAUUUGACUGGUGAAUUGAAUGGUAGACCAUUCAUUCACAUUCACAUCAUUUAUCUUCAUAUAAUAAUCUAAAGAUCUGUACAGGGGAGCAGGAGCAGAUGGAUGGUUAAUCCAAAACAGAAAUGGAAGGAAAUGUACACAAUAUCAAGGACCCAAAUUCGCUAGUUGGUUCCAUUACUUCAAUGACCCUUAUUGUUCUGGUAAGCGUUUUAAUAUGAUGUGUUUAAAUGAGACACUGUUAAAGAUGAGAGUCUGGGUAGGAGUUAGGCCUAGGCAGACUGAUUUCUACCAGAGCUUAUGGAUGUCAUGUGCCUGGCUUAAAAAGAGCUAAGCUACAACUAAGAACCUUGGAUCAAAUGUUUUCUGGCUAAGGACUUUAAUAUAUUGCUUCAAUAAAGGCUUG